GUCGGACACGACUGAAGUGACUUAGCAAGCAAGCAUUAAUGAAGUGGAAAUUCUCAGUCUUCCGUGCGAGUCUGUGCAUUAUAAACUACCAGAAGAGAAUAUGGAGUAUGUCAUAAAUAUAUUUAGCAGUGGGAUCCUUUUUUCACUGGGCAUGAUUGAUUGAAAAGCAGAGCACUAAGCCAUUUUUUAAUCAAAUUUAAUUGCAUUAUCAAUUUCCAGUCAGAGGAGAGCCCUUUCUAGGGCUCUGAAAGAGGUAACACCCACCAUUAUUUAUUGAGCAAAGGGCUUUGUGAGGUUCUUCAGACAUGACUCAUGUGAGGAUGGAAGCAUCCAAUAAGGCUGCUCUUUCAUGAUGUAUCCAGUAAAGUGGCUCAUAAACAAAAAGAGAGAAAUGUAUUAUCAAACAAAAGAUAAUAAGAGGAUAAACAGAUCACUCUGAAAUUUCAAAGGAAGGAAAAAUCAUUUCUCUUACUAGAGAAAAUAUGUGAAGUUUCUGUGAAAGGCUGGGUGUCAGCCAUGGCCCGUGAAGUAUGAUUAGGAAGUGGUCAACAUCCAGGGUUGGGAAGAAAUGAUUCUAGGCAGGACUGGCCUCAACAGAGGCAUGAUUUAGGGGUGGAGUGAGAGUGGGGCUUGACCCGUAGCAGAAGAGGGAGAAGAAAACGUGAUUUUCCGAUUGUCAGUCAUGUAGGCUACCCAUAGGGAUAGAAGUGAAAAAUAAGAACUGAUGGUUUAGGAGUGAUGGUAGACAAAGGAUGGUGGGAGAAGAUGGGCAGUCUGAAACUGGAAAGGAAAGAGAUCGUAUAAAAGGAAGGAGAUAGUGUACGAACUUCUGAGCAUCUAGAGCACAGUGGAGGAAUCUGAAAGGAAGGGCGCCUAAGGAAAACUGAUGGCUCAUUUCACCUACCUCAUACUUUGGCUACGGAAAGGAUCUAAUCAAAUAUAUUUGGAUCUGGGUUUUGUGUCUCCACUUGCCAAUGUAGAGAGCCAAAGAGAAGUAAGGUUCUUCUUGAAGAUGUGUGUUAUUCCCCAAAGGAUCUUUUAGGAAAAGCAAACAGCCUGAGAAAUAUUUGCUCAUUAGAUGUGUUCUGGCAGCCGCCAGAAAAGUCCAGAGAGUACCAAGGACAUGUACAUACACAUAACACGCUUGAUUCUUCAAACACGGAUGAUUUAACUCUUAUUAUCAACUGUCAUGUGGAGUCCUUCUUACUGUCGCUGAUGAAAAUCCAUAUUUUCCUGGUGAGAAGUAUGGUUUGCCAGAGACAGAGUGGCUUGUAAUGAGAGAGCUUAUCUACCUUAAAGUCAUCAUAACUUCCUGGCUUGAGAUACUCUCCAUAACCUCACUCCCGCCUCGGCUCGUGGAACGGCAGAUGGGUUCACUGAGGAAUGCACGACAUCCAAACCCAGCCGCCAUAUUCUCCUCCCUUUCCAAGUCCGCUUUGUGAACAGCUAAGAGCAGAGUCAGAGAGACCUCAGAGGGCGAACGGACCAAGGGGCAGUAGUUUGGGGCACUAAAUUACUGCAGCAAACGAUCAAGAAAAUUCUUGCUAUAUCCCCUUUAAGCUGAGCCUGACAACCUAAACACGGUUAGGUUUCCACAUGACCCUGAGACUCUGGGAGUCAAAACAUGAGAAGAAACAAGAUCCUGCAUAUCACAUGUGAGGCUGCGGAGACAAGGCCAAGCCGGCUGGGUCAGCUCGGCAGUGUUCAAAGAGAAGUAUCAACUGAUGUCUCUCUACAGAUGCAGGGAGGCAUGGAUCUCUCUGUUUUGCCAAAUAACAACCAUCCUGACAAGUUCCUGCAGCUCGAUGUGAAGUCUUUAAUGAGGAACUCAGCCCUUCUCCAGGCCAGCCUGGUGCGGUUUCCAGGAGGGAAUUACCCUGCUGCACAACACUGGCAAAACCUCGUCUACUCACAGAGAGAAAAGAAGAAUAUUACUGCUCAACACAUGAGGGGAUCCAGUAUGAAGGGCACCAUCACCGUAGAGAGCCCCCCACCAUCCUUAUCAUCAGUUUUGAAGAAUAACCCACUAUAUGGUGAUGUAAGUUUUGAGGAAGCUAUGGAAGAAAGAAAAAAGAAUCCUUCAUGGACCGCUGAGGAAUAUGACAGGCAUUCCCUGCAUACCAACCUCUCUGGGCAUCUGAAGGAAAAUCCUAAUGACCUACGGUUUUGGUUGGGAGAAAUGUACACACCCGGUUUUGAUACCUUACUGAAGAAGGAAGAAGAACAAGAGAAGCAUUCAAAAUAUCGUCGUAUAGGUCUGAUUCUGUUCCUCGUAGCCUGCAUCUUGGUUUCCAUAGUGACCGUUAGCACUUUUUUCAUCUAAAGAAACUACCCCCAGACACAGUCACUUCAAAUUUCUUUAAAAUCUUUCUAAAUAAACAAUUGCAGAAAAACAUGUUCGUGGAGUAUAAAUGUACUGUUGAUGGUUUAGUUUAAUUGUGUUGGAGAAGGCAAACUUCUUUUGAGAUAAUGCUGGCUUUCUCUACUUUGUUCUGUGAAACCUUUAUAAGAAUCGCCAACCUGAGCCUAGGCCUUUGGGCAUCAGGAAUUCUGGGGAUCGUAACCUCUGAAAGGUAUUAAGUGUGUAUUAAGACAACCAAAAUUAAACAUUUUAAUAGAGAAUGAAACAGUA